AUGCCAAGAAGAAACAACUUUGAUAAUGGAGGUGGUGAUGCCUUCUACUCGAAGGGAUCAAACUAUUCGGAAAAUGCUCACUCUGGAAAACACGUUACUCGAUCAUCGGGUCGUAAAAAGAAAGAUGAAACAUACUAUCAACAACAACAGCAACAAUCAUCACACCAAUCAUCAUCAUCUCAAUCUCAUCGGAGAGGCAAUCAGAGGGAAUUUGUGAGUGAUAAUAGAAGGAUUAAUUUUGUAAAUUUACCACACAUGAAUGCCUAUUGGAAUGAAGUGAGCGAAUUGUUGUAUGGCACUGAUAUUAAUGAUGAAGGUAUUCUGUGUGAGACUUUGAGAACUGUACAAAAUAUUGUCUACGGAUCAACUGAGAAGGGAUCAAAGAGUGGAUUUAAUGAAUUUGUGAUCAGUGCGGAAAAUAAUUUGACCUACUUGUUGGGAUCAUCAUGUGGACAAGUUUGGGAAGGAAGAAGCAAGUUUUUUGAGACUGUCGAGUUUAUCAAGAAACUUGUUUUGGAUACACCAAUUAUUUUAGGUCCAAGAGCUAAAACUGAACUGUACAACCAUUCUAGCCAGAAGCAUUCUACCAUUCAGGAGAAUGGUGGUAUGCUGCCUAUUCUUGGAGAUUUGAACCAAUUACCUUUUCAACUUGAUUCCAAGUGUGUUAAAUUAUCCAAAUUGGAAUGUGCUUGUAUUUUAGCAAACAGCUUUUUCUGUACCUUCCCAAGAAUUGGAGACACUAGAGAUGGUCCUCAUUUAUUCAUGCCAAGCAUUAAUUUGGAUUCAUUGAUCAAUAAUCCACACGAAGCAAGUGCUAGCAAGCUCUUGAUGAUUAUUCACUACUUUGAAAGACUUUCUGAGAGAGGAUAUGAAGAAAUUGCAAGAAUGGGCUAUGUUCAUUUCAUUAGAAAGAUAGUAGAUCCAACCCAUAUUGAAUCACUUUUGUUGGCAAGUGCUGAUGAGGAAGGAAGUACAUUUUCUGAAAUGCAAAUCCACCCAGAGGGAUCUAUUGAAGAUUGUCCACAAGCUUUACAUGCUGAUUUUGCCAAUAUGUAUAUUGGAGGUGGUGUAUUGAGAGCAGGUGCAGUACAAGAGGAAAUUAGAUUUGUAUUGAGUCCUGAAACUAUUGUCUCUCGUUUAUUUAUUGAAAGAAUGGCUGACAAUGAAUCUAUUCUCAUUGUAGGAUCUGAACAAUUCAGUACACACAAAGGAUAUGCCAAAUCAUUGCUCUAUGGUGGAGAUUAUCAGGAUAAGGACUAUGAACAACUGUAUGAUGGAAAUUUAUUGUCUUUCAACUCACAAAUUGUGGCAUUUGAUUCCAAAUAUUAUACACGUUACAAUUUGUUGGAACAAUGGCAAGUUGAACACAUUGAUAGAGAAAUUACAAAGGCCUACUCUGCCUUUUGUCAUGUUGAUAAGGAAUUAUAUGAUUUGGAAAUUUAUGAAAAGAUUAGUACUGGACAUUGGGGUUGUGGUGCAUUCUUGUGUGAUAAGGAGCUCAAGUUUAUUAUUCAAUUUAUUUCCGCUUCAAUUGCCAUGAAACCAUUACAUUAUUACACUUUUGGAGAGAAGGAAAUCUCAGAAAAAAUGCAAGAUUUUGUGGAUUUUGUGAGAGAUUACAACUUUACCGUUGCUGACAUUUAUGAAGUUUUACAUGGAAUCUAUGAUGCUUAUGUAAAGCCAAAUAGUGAGGAACAAGGAUUCUUUCCAAAAACAUUUGAUUAUGUUAAAGGUAAAUUGAUGAAAAACCAACAAUAAAUUGUAGAUAUCAUU